AGUCCCUGCAGCGGCUGUAACAAAACCCAGACCCCCCAGGUCCGGGCCAAUGGAAGCGCUUUAGACUGGAACCGGACUGCGUCUGUCAAAAAGUCCGACGGGGCAGCAGCGUCGGAGUCCAGGAGCAGAGCUGGAGCCGCCGCGCUGCCUCUCCGCCCCCACCGGGAUUUAUUGAGUAUUUGGGCUGGACAAUUAAGUGGCCCUGAUGAUGUUACCAAGCCCGGUCACCUCCACCCCUUUCUCAGUCAAAGACAUUUUGAAUCUGGAGCAGCAGCAGCAACAGCACUUCCACAGCGCGCAUUUGCAGGCAGACUUGGAGCACCACUUCCACUCGGCGCCCUGCAUGCAAUUUUCUGACGGAGGGGAGGAGGAUGAGGAAGAAGAGGGAGAGAAACUGUCCUAUUUGAACUCACUAACCGCAGUCGACGGCCACGGGGAUUCAGGGCUCUGUCCUCAGAGCUAUGUCCACACAGUCCUGCGCGACUCGUGCAGUGGGCCCAAGGAACACGAAGAGGAGUCCGAGGUCGUGAGGGAACGGAGCCAAAAAAGCUGCCAGCUGAAGAAGUCCCUGGAGGUGGCCGGAGACAUCAAGGCGGCAGAGGAAAGCGAGAGGCCGAAGCCGCGCAGCCGCCGGAAGCCCCGCGUCCUCUUCUCACAAGCUCAGGUCUUCGAGCUAGAGCGCAGGUUCAAGCAGCAGCGGUACCUGUCGGCACCCGAGCGCGAGCACCUCGCCAGCAGUCUGAAGCUCACAUCCACGCAGGUGAAGAUCUGGUUCCAGAACCGCAGGUACAAGUGCAAGAGACAGCGGCAGGACAAAUCCCUGGAGCUGGGCGGCCCCUUUGUGAACAUGAGCAACCUGGGCGGCUUCGGCAGCGGCGGCGGGGCACAACCGCUGCACCAGAGCGCCCCGGCGGGGCCUGCGUGCGCGCAGGGCACCUUGCAGGGCAUCCGGGCCUGGUAG